AUGUAUAUCCUCGAAGGCACCAAACGAGUAAGACACAAGGUCCGCAAGUUCCUGCCGUCCUACGAGGGCCCUUACUUUAUCGUGGGUCAGCUGGACGACUUGGUGUACCAGAUCCAGAAAGGUCCAAGGGCAAAGAUUAAAGUUGUGCACCACGACAAGCUCAAACCUUUCCAUUCCAGAGCCCUGCUCGACAACAGCUGGGUUUUCCAGAGAAACGACACACCAACACCACUGGAGGUGUCUCCCCCUGUGUCUGAUGUGGACUCUGACACGGACUUCGGCCCUCUUCAGCUGUGGGACACUACUUCCGAGGAUACCCCUUCAGACACCAGAGACACUACCUCUGACUUCGAGAAUACCCCGGCCGCCGCCAGAGAGGUUGCUGGUCCUUCAUCACCUGGCCCUCAACCACCUGCCAGCCCCACACAGCCUCAGUGGGAUGAGGUUGGAACUCGGCAUACAUCGCAGAGCGUGAGACGGCGUCACCGUUCGAUCUCUGCCCCUCUGUCCAGGUCGCAGAGGACACGGAGAGCACCUGAUAAGUUUGGUGACUGGCUUAGUCACUAG